UUUUUAAAUUUUCAAGUUAGUAUGUUGAAUUUUCAAGUUAUUAACUUGAAUUUUCAAGUUAGUAUGUUGAAUUUUCAAGUUAGUAUGUUGAAUUUUCAAGUUAGUAACUUGAAUUUUCAAGUUGGUAUCUUAAAUUUUCAAGUUGGUAUGCUGAAUUUUCAAGUUAGUAACUUGAAUUUUAAAGUUAGUAUGUUGAAUUUUCAAGCUAGUAUGUUGAAUUUUCAAGUUAGUAUCUUGAAUUUUCAAGUUAGUAUCUUGAAUUUUCAAGUUAGUAUGUUGAAUUUUCAAGUUUGUAUCUUGAAUUUUCAAGUUAGUAUCUCGAAUUUUCAAGUUAGUAUCUUGAAUUUAGUAACUUGA